AUUAGUCAACACCUAGUAAAUUUGCUCACUUUUGUAAUUUUCCUUUUUUGAAGAUACAGAAUCGACCCUCUGUUUUACAAUACAUUGUACGUCGGAUGUCGAAUACAUGCGUAUUCGGUUAUCGGCUGUCGCAUGGAAAGAAACAAUCGACUAUAAUUGGUUAAUUUUUUACGGCACGAUAUACAAUACAAUACAACGCAUCUCCCGACUGAUUGUGACUAGGCCUAAAAGAAACUAGAAAGAAAAGCUCUUAACGAGUUGGCAACAUUGGACGUUAGUCGUCGCGGUUUGUCGCAAUUUGUCUGAAUUUGUCGUGGGCACGUUGUUUUGCGUUGCUUGAUGUAAAAGUAGGACUUUAACGACUUGACACAAGCGUUGCUAAAAAUCUUAAUAUAGUCAAAAUGGUUUUAAGUCCGACUACGAAACAGAGGAUAGCCAUUGUCCUGAAUGUGAGCAAAUUUGUGUUUCAAUGGGGUUUUAUUCCUGCCGUACUCUUUUUAGGAUUCAGCAAAGGUGCUGACCCAGGCAUGCCUGAAUUAACCCUUAUGAACUUAUUAUGGCAGUAAGUCUUUCACGGGUUCAUUCCAAGAGAAAUUAUGGAUACCAUUGAUGAUGUUACAUGGAUACAUUUUAUUUAAGGUUACAAUGUUUCUAAUUACCAGAAUAAUAGACUGUAUCUCACUAAAUAAAUGUUAUAUUGUUAACUGAA